CUAUUUCUUUUAUUAUUUAAUUAUUAAUUCUAAUAAAUAAGUUCAAAAAUACACAAUGUAAUUUUCUAUCCCUAAUCUUACUACUAUUUGCAUUUCAAAACGCCUUGCCUUGCCUUGCCUUACCCUCCUGGAAUAUACAUUUGGCAGAGAGCGGCCCGGCUGGAGUCUGAGUCUUCGCAGCUACGGUGUCGUUUUGUUUGUUUCCUUAGCUGAUGGGCGAUGAGAAAUCUACGAUCGUGAUGGCGAGUAGGGACCGUGAAAGAGAUCGAGAGCUUCUCAUCCCCGUCGCCAACUCUGCACACGAUGAUGUCGCCCCCAAACCUUCUUCGUCUUCCUCGUCGUCACAUCAUUCGGGACGUGAGACAUUUUACAAAGUUGUUAGGAGCUGGGCUUCAAAAAAGUUCAUGACUGGAUGUGUAAUCUUAUUCCCCAUGGCUGUCACGUUCUACAUAACAUGGUGGUUUAUUCAUUUUGUUGAUGGAUUUUUCUCUCCGAUCUAUGCCCAACUUGGAAUCGAUAUAUUUGGUCUUGGAUUCAUAACUUCCAUAACAUUCAUUUUCUUGAUUGGGGUAUUCAUGUCAUCCUGGUUGGGAGCAUCUGUCUUGGGUCUUGGGGAGUGGUUUAUCAAACGGAUGCCAUUUGUUCGCCAUAUAUACAAUGCUUCGAAGCAAAUUAGUGCUGCCAUAUCACCAGAUCAAAACACACAGGCAUUCAAAGAAGUAGCCAUCAUAAGGCAUCCACGCGUUGGUGAAUAUGCAUUUGGGUUCAUAACUUCGACUGUCGUCCUCCAGAACUAUUCUGGGGAAGAGGAGCUAUGUUGUGUCUAUGUUCCUACAAAUCAUCUGUAUAUUGGUGAUAUAUUCCUGGUCAAUACCAAAGAUGUUAUCAGACCGAGUCUCUCAGUUCGGGAAGGCAUUGAAAUUGUAGUGUCUGGGGGGAUGUCAAUGCCUCAGAUCCUUUCAACAUUGGAUUCACGCAUUCCAUUGCCAUUGGAUAGAAGUAGAUCGGACAGAAGCUGAGCUGAUGAAAAUAGCUGUAGAGGAGUCCAUUUAUUGCCUCCAUUGUUUCAGAUUGUCAUCAGAACAGCCACAAGAGUCAUUGGAAUGAGGAGAUUGUUGUGGGUAAUGCUGGAUUUGAGUUCAGAUAAAAAUUUUUGAUUGUUGGUAUAUCAAAUUCUGGUGGCAUAUGUAACAUUGAUUAUUGUUUAGAAUGUAGAUUUAAUGUUUGGUUGCAAAUAUAGUCUGGUGGAUAAUACAGGCAGAUAGGCUUUGGGUCCCUCUUUUCCCACUUAUUAGGACGGUCUCUUGGCAGUUGGCACUGAACUUGUAAUUCAUAGAUUAUUCAAAUCGUCAAAGUUUGCCUUUGUAGAUAAGAGUUAAUAUAUUUCAAGUUCAAUGGCGUCUCA